AUGACGAUCGGAGAUGAUGCUCGGAUCUCGCCGGACAUGGAGGCGGUUGCGGUGAAGGACACCGCGAGGAAGAUUCUGGAGGAGGCGGAGGCGGAUAGCAGCGGAUCAUCGGAAGCUGAGACAGAGUCGCCGAGAUCUGUCGGAAGGUGGGGUGAUUCGUCGGCGGCGGCGAAGGAACGGGUACACAGUCAGGUGCUUAGGGUUAGGGAGCAGGAACUGUGCGUGCUCUUGGAGGAUAAGGCGACGAAUUAUUGCAGCGAUCGAGAGGAUCAUAGGUAUAUUCAUCCGCGUCGCCUGAAUUUGUUUCUGGUUUCGAGGCCGAUCUUACCUUGUUCGCCCCUCAGCGGCAAGGUUACCUCUCUCAAGGCUGUGCAGUGA